CCAGCAGGUGGUCUAAGUGUCCGGUUAAUAACGCUUAACUCCUUUCAAUUAAGAAACAGUUCCAUAGGACAAUUUGUCUAAUCACAAGCUUUUACAAACCUUUGAGGUUUGAAUCUACUUAAGCCACCCACAAAAUGUCGACUCAAUAGUCUGUGCGAAGAUUUCUGAGUGUUAAGACGGCUUUACAUACAAAAAAGUUUAUGUCCGAAAUGAGGCCGUUAAGGCAAAUAGAUUGCUUUAAAGUUAAUAUGAAAUGUUGGAAGUUACUUGCCGUUUGGCCUCCAAACGAUAUGCAAUCUUAUUACCGUUGCUAUCAAAUGUUUUUCACGGCGUUCAUUCUUUUAAAUAACUUGCUAGCUACAGUAAAUUUUAUUUUCCUUCCGAGACAAUUAGAUAUGUUUAUAGACGAAAUGAUAUUUUACUUCACAGAAUUAGCUGUGACAUCGAAGCUUUUGACUUUUCUUUUUAUGCGCGAAAAAAUUCUAAAGAUUUUGAGUAUUCUCGAGAGUGAUAUGUUUCAGCCUGAAUCAGAAAAUGGCUUAAAAGCAAUCGACAAAGCAAAAAAAUUUAAUGUGAGAUAUUUUAAAAUAGUUGCAGCAGUGUCAGCAACUGCUCAUUUCUCACAUAUAGUACCGCCAAUAUUAUUGCAUUUUAUUUUACAUGUAAAAUUAGAACUUCCAGUAUGCAAUUUUUCAUUUUUAUCUGAUGAUACUAAACAAAAAUUUAUUUACCAAUUAUAUGAGUUUCAAGCCCUUUACAUGCAUUCCCAAGUGCUUUUUAAUAUCAGUAUUGAUACAUUUGUUCUCGGUAUACUGAUAUACGCCAUUGCGCAAUUGGAUAUACUUGAUGAUAAUUUGCGAAGAGUCACCGUCAAAAACCAAAUAGGAUCUACACGAGCCGAUGAUUCUAUACAACGAGCGGAGAAAGAAAAUGCUUUAAAGAAACUAAACGAUUCUAUUAUUCAUUAUGGUGAAGUGGGACAGUUCUGUGACUUGGUCCAAGAUGUAUUUAGUAUAACAUUGUUCGUGCAAUUCGGUGUGGCAUCUUGUAUAAUUUGCGUCGUCCUGUUUAGAUUUACAUUGCCGGCGCCAUUGCAGUACUUCGUAUUUUUGGGAUCGUAUAUGAUCAUAAUGAUCCUUCAAAUUUUGGUACCCUGUUGGUUCGGCACUCGCAUCCAGGAUAAGAGUCAACAGCUAUCCCAGGCCGUGUACGAUUGCGACUGGACCGCUAAGUCUCGCUACUUUAAGAGCAGUCUGCGGCUCUUCGUGGAGCGAGCCAACAAACCUCUUUCGAUAACGGCCGGGAAAAUGUUUCCACUCUCGCUUACCACUUUCACUUCUAUUAUGAAUUCUUCGUACUCAUUCUUCACGUUGCUGCGUCACAUGCAAUCUCGCCAAAAUUAGAUAUCUAUCGUAUUAACCUUUUCGCCGCCACAUGCGUUGCUGCGUCACAUGCAAUCUCACCAAAAUUAGAUAUGUAUCGUAUUAACAUUAACCUUUUCGCCGCCACGUCAAUGCAGUAAUAAAGUGUCACCAACGCCAUGUCAAAUAUUGCACGUAGAAAAUUCUAUAACAUAUAUGUAUCAAGUCUUGAUGUGUGGGGCACGAAAUGUACUGACUUUAUAUCAAGUCAAUAACGUCGAAAAGGUUUAAAUUUUACCAGGUAUUCACGCCAUUUAUUACAAAAUGUAAUCAAUUUCAGUGUAAAGUUGACUCAGUAUAAAUUUAGUUGAAAUUAAGGUCUCCGCUAAAAUAUCAAACCAGUGACAAAAGGUAGCACGAAUUCGGUUACUUACUUAAAAUUUCAAAGCUUUAUUAAUUUUCACCCUGGCUCGGCAUAUUGAUUCUAAUUAGAAUGCUGAAAGUGAACUCGAGGUCCGCAAAUUAUUUUUGAUUGAUGGAUAUAAGAUGAAAUUGGGAAAUAUGUAUUCCGCGGUGUUCGUGGUACUUAAAGUUUUUGUUGAAUCGUGUUAAUAAAUCAAUAUGGGUGAUUAGAUACUGGAAUAUUUGAAACAAACUGUUAUUAGUACCUACUUAUCUACAUAAUAUGUGUAUAAUAUCUAACCGCAUUAUUUCUCUUUUAUAUGUAGGCCCGAGCGAGUUCUUAUGUUAUAAAUGAUUGUGCAGUGCUUUAUAUUAAGUAAGUAAGGCUUCAACUCCAAAUAAAUGGAUAUACUUAA